AUGUGCUUUGAGGGUGAAGUUGAAGGUCACCAGGUGGUGGCAUGUGUACUGACCGUGGGAUCCUCAGGCAAUGAGAACUAUGAGUGCCACUGCCAUCCUGGCUGGAAUCCGAUUCCUGGGUCCCCCAAUGGCCCACACAACACCCUCUGUGAAGAUAUCUCCUUCCCCACCUGGACCUCACCCCCUGAAAUCAAAAGCCAGAGUCUCUCUCGCUUCUUUGAAAGAGUCCAGGACCUACACCGAGACUUCAAGGCUGCUUCAGCCCAGGACACUAUCCAGGACAUCAUACAGGAGGUGGAUAAUCUGCUCGAGACCCCAGGGGACCUGUUUACUCUGCCUCAUUCAGAGCAGUACUGUGUGGCCACUAACCUGCUCACUGGCUGGGAGCACAUCCUGAGAGAGCUGAGCAAGGCCUUGUCCAAUGGGACACUGACCUUCAGGACAGCUGCAGGAACAGAACUGUCCCUGGAGGUGAAGAAGCAAGGAGACAAGAAUGUCACCCUGAGCAUUAAUCAGGCAAAGAUGCUGGUGAACUGGGAUGUGGUGCAGGACUCAGGUGGCUCAGGCCCUGCUGUGGUGGGCCUUGUCUCCUCUCCAGGGAUGGGCAAGUUGCUGCUUGAGGCCCCCCUGUUCCUGGAAACUGAGAAGCAGUCAGUUCUGAAUGAGACACACAAGGGCCUGCAGCAGGAAGUCUCCCCUGUCCUGCUCUCAGAUGUCAUAUCCGCCUUUGUGAGCAACAAGGACACUCAGAACCUCAGCUCCCCAGUCACCUUUGUCUUCAAGCAUGUGAGUGCUGGUGAAACGGGGCUGUGGGUGCUGUGCGCCAUCAUCGCGGGUGCCUUACACUAUCUCUACCUGGCCUCCUUCACCUGGAUGCUGCUGGAGGGCCUGCACCUCUUUCUCACCACACGCAACCUGACUGUGGUCAACUACUCCAGUGUGAGCAGAUUCAUGAAUAAGUUCAUGCUUCCUGUGGGCUACGGAGUCCCAGUUGUGAUUGUGGCCAUUUCUGCAGCAUCCAGGCCUCACCUUUAUGGAACACCUGCUCGCUGCUGGCUCCACCCAGAAAAGGGAUUUAUAUGGGGCUUCCUUGGACCAGUCUGCGCCAUCCUCUUUGUCAAUCUAGCUUUCUUUCUGAUGACCCUCUGCAUUUUGAAAAGCAAACUCUCUUCGCUCAACAGUGAUGUGUCCACCCUCAAGAAUACAAGGAUGCUGACAUUUAAAGCGAUAGCUCAGCUCUUCAUCUUGGGCUGCACGUGGUUUCUGGGAAUCCUGCAGGUGGGUCCAGCUGCUCACGCCAUGGCCUAUCUCUUCACCAUCAUCAACAGCCUGCAGGGCGUCUUCAUCUUCCUGGUGUACUGUCUCCUCAGCCAGCAGGUCCGGGAGCAAUACAGGAAAUGGUGGAAGGGUGUCAGGAAAACCAAAGCAGAGUCUGAGCAAUACACCCUCUCCAGUGGAAUCCUGUCAGAUGCCCCUAAACACAGUGUGGUAAAAGAUGAUGGAUUCACAGCAGAAAAGAGAAAAUUAAGUCAAUUCUAAGAAAACUAAAGGUGAUUGAUUAAAGAAAAACAGGUAAAAUCAUGUGAUUUUGGUCCUUUUCUGUCUGACUUAUUUCACUUAUUUCCUAAUACUCUCAGAAUUGAUGUUUCAAAUGGCAAUAUUUGAUCUUUUCUAUGACUGAAUAGUAAUCCAUUGCAUAU